CACGUAGAAACAGACACACUCUCUGUGACGGAGCUGCUCUUCACACUCAAGCCUGUAAAGCUGUUUUGCUGGGGGAGAUCAGGGUGGUUUAACGCUGCACAGCUGCCACUGAGCACAUAGACAAGCCACAGAGAGGACAGACAGAGGAAAAGAGGGAUCAAAAAGGAGGAGAAAGAAGGAGGAGGAAUACCAUCCACAGAACUUCUCCCAGCGCCCCUUUAUCCCAAUUCUUUCUUUCUUUUGUGCUUUUUUUUCUUUUUCGUCAGUUCAUUCCACCAGGACUUGAGGCUCAUUUAAACAGGAGAGGGGGGCCCCGGGUUCACAUGACGGAAUGGGAGUGCAUGGGUUGUCAUGGUAACUGACAACUUGGGUCUGACCCGCGAACGGGGGAGCGCCUCUUCCGUGUAGCGAGAAGCGAAAGUAACGGGGGAGCCACGGGAGCAAGAGAAAGAGGGAGAGAAGGAAACUAGGCGGAGGAGUGAAGGAGCGGAGGGGAGAAGCGUGGCCGAGUGGAGAGCGAGGAUGGAGGACGGCUUCUCCAGCUACAGCAGCCUCUAUGAUACCUCCUCGUUGCUGCAGUUCUGUAACGGUAAACUCCUCUUCAUCUUCAUCAUCGGCAUCGGCAUCUUCAUCCUCGCACAGUAUGACAGCGCGUCUGCUACCAGCAGCAUGGAGGUGACGGACCGUCUGGCUUCUCUGGAGCAGAGGGUCCAGAUGCAGGAGGAUGAGAUCCAGCUGCUCAAGUCAGCCCUGGCCGACGUGGUCCGGAGGCUCAACACCUCAGAGGAGCAGCAGACCCUGCAGACACGCAGAGGGCCCACCAAAGCCAGACCAAUGAUACCCGCGCUGCCCUUGCGACCAACAGUCAACAAUGGCACAGUCCUACCAAAGAAAGGAGGCGGGACUCUGCCAUCGCCCUCUGGUGGACGGAAGGACUCUGGCCCACCGUCUAACAAAAGUCUGUCCUCCGUGUCUGGCUCCACCAGACUUCUCUACGUCCCCCUCAGCACCGUGCGGAGAGCCAACUCCAACGAGCACGUCGGGGCGGGCACACGGAAGGACAACGGCGAUGGCAAGAACAACCGGACACGCGCCGGAUCCACCGGGAGCAACUCCAGCGGCAAGCGAGCCAGUGAAAGUAAGCCGAAGGAGCCAGUCUUCAGUACAGGGAUGCGACGUGUCACCCACUGCAAAGAGGAGGGUUAUGUGAAAAUGUACUUGAAGGGGCGCCCCAUCACCAUGUACCUGCCCAAGGAUCAGCUAGACACCUACUGCCUGGAGGCCAAGGCUGAACUGCCGAGCAGGAAACUCAAACUGGACUGGGUGUAUGGUUACCGUGGUCGCGACUGUCGUUCCAACCUGUACCUGCUGCCCACGGGGGAGACGGUGUACUUCAUCGCCUCUGUGGUCGUCCUCUACAAUGUGGACGAGCAGCUGCAGAGACACUACACUGCACACACCGAUGACAUCAAGUGCCUGGCUGUCCAUCCUGAUAAGAUUACCAUAGCAACAGGACAGGUUGCAGGCACCUCCUCUGAAGGCAAACAGCUGCCUCCUCAUGUACGUGUGUGGGACUCUGUGAGCCUGAAUACCCUGCAUGUCCUGGGGACAGGAUUCUUCGACAGGGCCCUGGUCUGCCUGGCCUUCUCCAAGUCGAAUGGAGGGAACAGCUUGUGUGUGGUAGAUGACUCCAACGACCAUGUGCUCUCUGUCUGGGAUUGGCAGAGAGAGGAGCGGCAGGCUGAGGUCAAGUGCUCCAACGAGGCGGUGUUUGCUGCAGACUUCCACCCCACGGACAGCAGCCUCCUGGUCACCUGUGGGAAGUCCCACCUCUGCUUCUGGACCCUGGAGAAAGGCAGCCUGGGGAAGAAGCAGGGCCUGUUUGAGAAACAGGAGAAGCCCAAGUUUGUCUUGUGUGUGACUUUUUCAGAAAAUGGAGACACCAUAACUGGAGACUCCAGUGGUAACAUUUUGGUGUGGGGGAAAGGGACUAACCGUAUCAGCCAUGCAGUGCAAGGGGCUCAUGAGGGCAGCAUCUUUGCUCUGUGUAUGAUGAGGAACGGCACUCUGGUCUCUGGUGGAAAAGACCGGAAGCUUGUCUCCUGGGACGGAGCUUACCAGCAGAUCCAGACUGUGGAGGUGCCGGAGCUGUUCGGGCCAGUCCGUACCGUGGCGGAGGGUCGGGGGGAGAGCCUGCUCAUAGGAACCACCAAGAACUUUGUCCUCCAGGGAAGUCUGGAUGGGGAGUUCAGCCCAAUAACACAGGGUCAUACAGAUGAGCUGUGGGGGUUGGCUGUCCACCCCUUGACUCAUCACUUCCUCACUUGUGGCCAUGACAGGCAGGUCAGCCUCUGGAAUGCCUCUACCCAUCAGCCCCUCUGGAACAAGACCAUGGAGGACGCUGCUCAAUCAGCAGGCUUCCACCCCUCCGGAGCUGUGGUCGCCAUAGGAACGCAGACAGGCAGGUGGCUGGUGUUGGACUCGGAGACUAAGGAUCUGGUGACCGUCCACACAGAUGGUAACGAGCAGCUGUCAGUCAUACGCUACGCUCCAGACGGCAACUUCCUGGCCAUUGGGUCACAUGACAACUACAUUUACAUCUACGCCGUGACUGACAGCGGCAGGAAGUACAGCCGAGUGGGAAAGUGCUCGGGCCACUCCAGUUUCAUCACCCACCUAGACUGGUCGGUCGACUCCCAGUACCUGGUGUCCAACUCCGGGGACUAUGAGAUCCUCUACUGGAUCCCCUCGGUGUGUAAGCAGGUAGUGAGUGUAGAGACCACUAGAGACAUUGUCUGGGCCACCUCCACCUGUACCCUGGGUUUCCAGGUCUUCGGGCUGUGGCCUGACGGUUCAGAUGGGACAGACAUCAAUGCCGUCUGCCGGUCCAAUGAGAACAGACUACUGGCAACAGGAGACGACUUUGGCAAAGUCCACCUCUUCUCCUUCCCCUGCUCACAAGUCCGGGCUCCCAGCCAUGUGUAUAGUGGGCACAGCAGUCAUGUGACCAACGUCAACUUCCUGUAUGAUGACAGCUGUCUGGUGUCGACAGGAGGGAAGGACAUGAGUGUCAUGCAGUGGAGGAUAGUGUGAUUGAAUGGACUGAGAGCUGUAAAUACUGGCAGCCUAAGAGACAUACAGGCAGAUAAACUGAUAGAUGGACGGAAUUACUGACUGACAAACAGACAUCUUCAGACAGAUCAACGGGGACUAAGACUGUCGGACAAGAAGACAGACAGACUGACAAGAAGACAGACAGACUGACAAGAAGACAGACUGACUGACAGACAAUAAGAUAGACAGACAGACAGGAAGAUAGACAGACAUGAGUGACAGACAGACAGGAAGAUAGACAGACUGACUGACAGUGGCACUUAGGGGCUCGGGUCAGAUCUAUGUGUGGAUCAAAGGCCCCUGCACUGAAAUCCACACAAGCUUGUUGUUGAUGUAUGGGGUUGUUGGUCUGUUGGGGCGAGGUGUGCUACUGUAAAGGGCCAGUGGUUUAGGAGUGUUACUACUAGAGGAAUGGUAUAGGGUACAUGCAUCGGGCAGUAUCUAUCCAUGCUUUUUUCUAACUGUUCUAAAACUCUGUCUAAUUUUGUAUUUCACUACUCAGGAAACCACAAUGAACUUAGGAGUAUAAGCUCUUCCCUGUCAAAGCUUGUCAUGGCUUCUCUGUCUAGUCCAACUGACAC